GAUUAAAGGACUGUAAGAUCAUACUGCAGUGUGAGUUGAGGGAGUAACUUUUGCUAGGCUGGUAGCCGACAAAGUUUGUUUGUUAUGGAAGACCCUCUGAGCUUUACACCUAAACAUGAAGAUGUAGACGGUGAUGCGUUUAAAACAAGUGGAUCUGAGGAGGACGACAUCGGCUAUCACUCGAUCGGGCGAAACAUUAAGAGGUUAGAAGACCAGCAUUUGAACGGAGAUCCUGGCGCUAAAAGUCCAACAGUUCCAACAAAGAUUCGCGACAUUGUGACGAAAUCUAUUUCCCCAGUUGAUUCCAAGAUGGCGUCUCCGGGUUUCGGGGAUGAAUCGCGAAUGCUACAAUCCGAAGUAAGCCGUUUGGAAGAUUUACUCGCUGCAACGAGAGCAGAACGAGAUGAAAUUGGCUCCAAAUACAUGGCAGUCAGUGACAAGUUGGAGCAUUACAUGAAAGGGGGAUCCAGUCCUGGAAGUGCAGGAUAUAGCAGUCUUGCUGCUGGCGACCAAUCAGUGACAGACAGCAAUCUUGUCCAGCAAGUCUCUUACCUCAAAAGCAAGCUUGAAGAGGAACAUGCUAACUACAAGCGCAAACUUCAAGCUUAUCAAGACGGACAGCAGAGACAGGCUCAGUUAAUUCAGAAGUUGCAGCAGAAGGUGCUGCAAUAUAAACGCAAGUGUGGAGAGUUAGAGACAUCUGUUAAUGAGUCAAAAACCUCAGAAGAGACUGUAAAGAAAAAGCUUCAGUCUGCAACAGAAACAUUGAAAGAACAAGAAGCUAAGCUUAAAGAAACAGAGGAUGAACAUUCCAGUGACUUAGAAAACUCUCUGAUCCGGUUAGAGGAAGAACAACAGAGGUAAGAUUCAAAAUUCAGUGUNCAUGUACGUUUGAUGGACAUGUGGAAGACAAUGAACAACUUCAGGCGGCAGUUCAAUGAGAUGAAAUCUGCGACACAAAGGGAUCUGUCCAGUGUCCGUGCUGAAGUUACCAAGUCUGUUCGAGUUGUGCAGGGAGCCUGCAUGGAUUUAGACAAAAAUCUGCGUGGCAUGGAUGCUAAUACCCAGUCUGCACUGGAGGAGGAGAGGGCUCGAUGUCAAAAGGCUGAGGAGCAGCUGCGUGAGAAAGUACAGGAAUUUAUUGAGCUUCAGAACAAAUAUGACAGUGAAAGGACUGAUCUUAUGGUGAAGGUAAAGGACUUGACAAAUGUAAAAGAAAAACUGGAAGCUCAGAUCAACGAGAAGGAUGAAACCAUCGCAACUUUAAAGAAGAGGAUCAAUGGCUUGGAAAGUGGUUUUGCGAGACAGUCAGAGGAAUGGGAGAAUCAGAGUGAAGCCAGCCUCGCUGCCAUGCGAGAACAAGCGGAAAUCCUGCAUAGCACUCUUCAAGAAAUAACGCAUGCAGUGAGGCAGGAUGCUGACAACACUUCCAAACUUUUGGGCUCACCUGGCAUGGAAAUAGAGGUGGUGGAUGCAGGCCUGCUAGAGGGCGCUGAAGAUGACUUCAUGACUAAGAGGCCAAUUUCACCAUCACGUGCUGCUCGCUUGCGUUCAUCAUCUCCCACCCGUUCCAGGUCGCCUGCUGUAUCAGACAACGCCCUGGCUCAAGUACAUUCCGCUAUUCAAAAGAAAAAUAUUCAAGUGAUGGAAAUGAAGAGCAAAGUGGAAUCGGCAAAGGAUUCCGAGAAGAGAACUAAAAAACAACUUGAUGAUACUGAGAAUGAAAGACGACGGCUGGAGCAUGCUCUAAACACCGCCCGCGAUGAACUGGACUCUGUUCGGCAAAAAGUCUCUGAGACAAGUCAAGACCGCGAGCGUUUUAAAGCGCACUCUGAUGUUCUCGCCACUGAAAAGCAAAACUUGGAAAAGAUGCGUCACUCCAUGAACGAGCAGUUAGAAAACAUGACAGCAGAAAUUGAAAAACUGCAAGCGGCAAACAGCGAGCUUCAACGACAGCGCGACAACCUGGAGGAUGACAAAGAUGACUUAGAUCGCGAGAAGGAUCGAUUAGGAAAGGAAGUACUGCGAAUGACACAAGUCAUUGAACAACUCGAAACCAAGCAGUCUUCGCUGAAAGAAGACAUUGUUACACUCAAGGAACAGCUGUCCCGCGCCAUGUUGGAUAAGGAGGUCUUGGAUCAGGAGAAAGCACACGUUAGUGAGACGUUGUCGAAGUCGGAGCUUCAGAAAGCCGAGCUGGAAUUGGAGAUCAACAAGAUGAAGUCGGAGGAGAUCGCGCUGCGAGACGCACUGGUGAAAUUACAGUCGCUAAACGAAGGACUGGGUCAAGACAAGAUUGAACUGAACAAGAUUAUCAAGCAAAUGGAGUCUGAGAAGUCGUCCCUGAGCCAGGAUAAGAGAGAUUUGGAAAAUGAGAAAAACAGCAUCAGGCAGGAGUUGAUCCGCGUUGAACAAGAAAAGGUGGACUUGGACACAGAGAAGUCAUCACUGGACCAUAACCUGAGCAUCCAUGAAGCCAGCCGAGAAAAACUGGAGUCCGAGUUGAUCUCUGCGAACCGAGAGAAAGCAGAACUCAGUGAAGCACUAAACCAGGUUACCAGAGAAAGAGAUUCCAUCUACGAUGAGUUGAUGACCACUCGCCGUGAUGUGGAAAGACAGAGCUCCAAUGUUGUGCGUUUGGCAAAAGAAAAAGAAGAGCUGACACGAGAGAAGUCCAGUUUGGUCGUGCAGGUAAACUCUGGCGAGCGGGAAAAUCGCGGCUUAGCCGAGAACAUUGCAAGUUUGAAGAGCGAGAAAGAGUCUUUGGAAACGGCUUUGUACGACCUUCAACAAACUGCUACUAAGUUGGAAGCAAGAAAAGAAGCGCUUGAGGCCGAGAACCAAGAACUUCUGUUAUCCAAGGAAGCUUUGACUGUUGACCUGCAGCGCGUGCGCAAAGAAAAAGAGAUCGAGGAGGCCAAGUUGCUGAAGGACAAAGAGUUGGUCGAGCAGAGACUGGGCCAGACUCAGCGUGAUGGCGAGGUUGCGCUGAAGAGAAUGGAGCAGAAACACGAGGAGGAAGUGGAGAAACUGAGGCGAGAGAAAGACAGUUCUUUGAUACAAGCCAAUCAAGAGAAGGAAGAGGCUAUUUCACAGCUCAAGGAUGAAAAAGAAGAAGUGGGACAAAGGCUCGAGCGCGAGAAAGCAAUACUUGUGAAUGAAGUGGCCUUGGUUCAAAAGGAGCGUGACGAUCAACUACUCAUGGCUGAAAACGAGAAACAAGAGGCGUUACACGCGGCAGCCAACGAGAAGGGAAGUUUGCUGGACAGACUCAACAAGACACAGAACGACUUGGAAAAUGCCAACGUGGAAAUCGACAGAAUCAAGCGUGACGCUUUCAGCCGUGCCGAGCAGGACAAGGGAGCUAUAACACAGGCCCAAAAUGAAUUAAGAAACACACGAAGCAAGCUUGAAGAUGUCAACAACCGCUAUCAAGCCGAGUCUGCUGAAUUAAAGAAUCAAAUCAAAGAUCUAGCCCGAGUCAAGGAAAACACAAUGCGCGAAGUUAGUGAGCUUAAACUUCAACUCAAGAUGGUGGAAGAAGCUCGUGACGGGGUUCGUCGGGAGCUCAUCGACGCACAUAGAAAAAUCCGAGAAGGCGAAGAGGCUCGCGAAGUCGCUCGGAAGGAGAACACCGAUCUGAAGAGGCAGCUGAAAGACGAAGAACGCGAAAAACAAGCCGUGCAAGAGACUGCCAACGAACUGAGAGGAAAGGUGAAGAAAUGUGAAGCAGAGAAGACCAAUCUGAGGAGGACAUUGGACGAAGCAAGCCAGAAGAUUGGAUCGCUUGAGGAAACGAAGGCCGCGCUACAGAAAGAAGCUGGAGAACUGAGAGCGAGCUUAAGGGAAGUUGAAAAGGCACGAUUGGAAGCUCGACGCGAAUUACAACAACUUCACAACCAGGUCAAGAUGCUUGAUGGUGAAUGCCUUAAGAGCAAGAAAGAAAUCUCCGAUCUCAAAGAUCAACUUGCCAAGGACGAGCACCUCAUAGAUGAACUGCGCCAAGACAACUUCAACAUGAAACAGAAACUGGUCGAGUCUGAUGGCCAAAAGGAAGGCGCCAAACGAGAAAUCCAAAACCUGACGCGUAAAUUCGCCGAGAUGGAGGAAGACAACCGUGUCAGAGAAAAAGAUUUCUCUGCUGCCCUGGAUGAAGCUCAUCGCGCCGAACAGAAGGCCAAUGACAAGGUGAAGAAUCUGGAAAAUCUGUUGGAAAAUUCCAGCCAAGACAAUAGCGAUCUGAAACUGAAGCUGUCUGGGUCAGAAGGACGCAUUACGGGUCUAGAAGCGCAGUUGGCGCGUAUGGAAGGAUCUAAGAAUGAUUUGGAGUUCAAACUUGCCAGCUUGCAUUCCACACUGAGAAGAACGCUUGGAAUUAAACCACCUGGUGAAAUGGGUGGAAGGACUCCCUCUCCGACGCGCGCUCGUAGCCCGAGUCCCCGUCGCCGCAUGUUCGGCAGAAGUCGGUCGCGUUCACCGGAGAAAGCCAUGGAAGAGACCGUAGAUUCAGGGGAUCGUUCAUUGUCCCCGAGCAGAAAACUUUCUCCUGGUAAAUCAAUGGAACUGUCCGGCGAGAUUGAUCCAGAGACCGUGCGCUCUGCAUUGCGGGACUUUGCUCAGAGCAUGAAAGAAGCUGAACGAGAACGUGACGAGUCCAUGGCUAAGGCUGGUAACUUACAGCGAGCUCUUGCUGAAAUGGAGGAGGAGAAGGCGCAUACUGACCAGCGGUUACUGGCGCUGCAGAAGUCACUGGGAGAGGCCGAAGAAGGUCGCCGUGGUGCUGACGGUCGUCUCAGUAGUGCCCAGACCGCACUCAUGCUCCAGGAAGAAACUAUCAGGCGCUUGGAACGAGAGCGGAAAGGAUUGAACGAAAAGAUCUCAGUACUGGACUCCAGUCUCGCUCAGGCAGAAGGCGAGCGCCGCCAACUGCGAGACAAGGUUGCUCAGUUCCAGCAGAGUGAGUCAAAGAGCGACCAGGAGAAAGAAGCCAUGCGCGCGCAAAUCGAGAACGCUGAAUCGAGGCUGACCAAAGUUGAGCUCAGGAAGAGGUCCCUGGAGGGUGACAUCGAAAGGCUGAGAAUGCAGUCAACCGAAGGCGAGGCUGAGAAACAAGCUCUCCGUGAGCGCAUCGAUCAGCUGAUGAGAUCACAGCAAGAACUUGAAUCACGUUCUACUUCCCUGCAGUUGACUGUGGACAGGCUCACGCUGGCCCUGGCAAAGACAGAGGAAGAGGAACAGGCUUUCAAGGAGAAGGUGACCGAACUGUCACUCAGUUUGAAUGACAGCAAUGCCACAUCUCAGUCGCUGCAAGAGAGGCUCCAACAGAUGCAGCGCGCGCUUACCAACAGUGAGCAUGACCGCAAGAUCAUGGCUGAAAGACUGGAGGCUCUGAAGGCUGCUCAACAGGAUGCCAAGAACAGAUAUAACGUGCAACAAGAUCGCAUGCAGCAAAUGAAGAACGAACAGGCCGAUGCUGAGGUUCGCCGGAUGGAAUUCGAAGGUCAAAUCCGUCAACUACAGCAGAUGCUACAGCAGCAGAAAGAAGCUGAAGAAGAACUUGUGGCGAGAAUUGGCAAACUACAGGAGGAGAAACGUGAACUGCAAGAUCGUCUGGCGAACUUCCAGCGAGGCUUGGCCAACGCCGAGCAAGAGAAGAGGGAACUGGAACGAGCGCAUGUUCGUCUAGAAAAAGACAAGAAAGCUUUGAGGAACACCCUGGAUAAGAUCGAGCGUGAGAAACUUGAGGCAGAAGAAGUGAGCACGAGAUUGCGUGACGAGCGUGACAAGCUGGACCGAUCAAGCAGCUCAUACGAACACGACAACCAAGAGUUACAGAGAACUAUUCAAGCCCUACAACAACAAAUUGCUGAAACCGAACAUGCUCAUGCACAAAAACUGGUUGAACUGACAAGCCGACAUCGGCAAGAGGUGGAACUUGAAAGCGAGCGAGCUAACAAGUCUCAGAGCCAACUGGAGAAAACGCAAGUGGCAAGAGAACGAGCACACAAACAGAGAGUCAAGGGCCUGGAAGAACAAGUUGCUACCUUAAAAGACCAGCUCGCCAAGGAGUUACAAAAAAAGCAGUCCUACCUUACGCGCACUGCGCAGAAAUCAGACGAAAUCCGGGACCUUCGUGGUAAACUGGAAGACUCUCUUCACACCGUAGCACGUGACACCGUAUAUGAACCCUCGGUCCUUGAACGCGAGUCACAAAAGCUUGAAGACUCCGUGGAUGCGAGCUUCUCCACCUCGCCCAUGCGCCGAACCAAGUCAGCCUCGCCUCCGGUACGAUUCCCGAGCGACAAGAUCGCGACCAGCACUCCGGCAUAUUCGGGAAUGUCGCCUUCCCGCCGAGCAACUCCGAUUGCAUCAUCGGUAUCUCGCCGAACAACCCCCGGAGUAAGCCCUCUGCGCAAGACAAGAAAGUCCACUACAUGAACAGUUUAUUUUGAAUUUCUUUUUUCCUUAAUCUGGGGCUUUUUAGGGAUUCACAGUUUAUUUCUUGAAGACAUGUUCGUGUCGUGUUAUAAGUGUGGCUGUUAUUUAGGGCGGAACGUAUAAUAGCUUAUCACCUUUUUAGGAAUCUUUGCGUGUCCAAUGUGUUUUGAAAACGCUAGCAUUCUUAUUUGAUUUUAAAGGGUCUGCAUUUUACGGAUUGUUUUGUUAAUUUUAGACUUUGGAGCACCAGCUCAGGGUAAACCAAACUAAAUCUCGGUUGUUUAUUGAUUCGGGUUUUUAGCCAUUCUCUUAAUUUCUGUUCUUUUAUUCAAUCGGUUUUAUCCAUGUCAGCAGAUGUUGAUUAGAAUAGGAACCAAUUUUAAUAUUGACGCUAGGUAGAUGAAUUAGUAAUAUAUUUGUAUGCGACUUCCAUGCCGUGUAUGGUCCCUGCUUUGAAACCUUUGCAAACUGAAGUCUAUUCCCCAUGUUCUGACACGUCACUUAUGCAUUGCGUGACCAGCCAAAUAACGCCUCGGGAGUGAGACUCGAUUGUAACAACUAUUAAAAGAAAAAUGAUUUUUAUGAAAAACCAAAUAGAAGCUUUUAACUUUGUUUCGUUUGAAGAUAGCUUUUUAAACGUGCUUAUUUAUUUCUAACCUUGCUUUCUCAAGGACUAGCACGUCUAACUUAUUUGAUGUAAGUACUAAGAGUGAUUAUUGAUUGUGACGUGACAAUAAAAUAUUGAAAAUAAA